CCAAUGAAUGCACGGCCACUUCACGGCCCUAGCUUGGAAGAAUGGGAGGAGAAAACGAAGCUCUCCGAGCUAGAAAGACAAAGUGUCUUUGAGCUACAUGACAGCUGCAUCGAGCUUCCUUUACCAGCAGAGUUACUGCCUACCUUGUCAAGUUCUCCAAUUCCUCAGAUAUAUACUCCAGGCACGGCAUCUCCCGAGGCUCAGCUUCAAACACCACCUCGAUCGCCAACAGCAGCAGCUACCCGAUUCACCGCCUUACCCACAGCAAGAUUAGUUCCGCAAUCAUCUUCGUUACAACGUUCCUUAUCAACCACGCAACUUCUCGCAGAAUCAGCAGCUGCUGAUAGUGUGAUUGCUCAGAAAGGUGCUAUAAAUAUGGGAUUCGAUAAACCAAUCGACAACAUCCAGCAAUUUUUUGACUGGUUUGCUCAGACGGAGCUGGAGAUGGAACAAGAUCAGGAAGAUAUAUACAGGAGCUAUUUGGCUACAGUUCUUCUGUAUCGACAAUCAUGCGAUGAUUUUUUGCAAUGUAUUGACGACACUAUACAGCUAUUUUCGGGUUUGGGAGGAGAUUACAAGUUUGUUGAAGAACAGACUAGGGCUUUGCAGAAUACCUGCGAAGAUCUUCUUGCUAAGCAGGAUCGUUUGAGUAAACUCGCGGAUUCGCUCGCAGAAGGUCUAGCUUACUUCAACCAUUUGGAACCUAUUUCAAAACAAUUUAAUGCUGCUAACGAAGAUAUAUGCAUGAGUCCGUCGUUCCUAGUAAUGCUUCGACAAUUGGAUGAAUCGAUCACUUAUGUGGAGAAAAAUAUUCGAUACAGGGAUUCUGAGCUUUAUCUGAUGCGGUUUCGUCAAUGUAUGACUCGUGGCAUGACUUAUAUCAAAAUGUACAUUAUUAAAACCUUACGAGAUCUUGGAUACGAAAUUUACAAGAAGACAUCUCAAAAGGGACAAAAAUUGAGUGCUGCAGCACAAACCACGCUUUUGUAUGCCAAAUUUCGCGCUGAAAGUCAGAAGAUUAGACCGUUGGCAUCUGAACUGGAAAAACGCUGUAAAGGACAUAAAGAAUAUUACUCUCUUCUGACGGACACGAUUAAUAGCUAUAUACAAGUACGACAGCAACUUUUGAGUCCUAUUAUUACAGCAAAUAUUCAAGAGCUUGGUCCAUAUAAUGACAAUGUGUUGGAUUUCGCGCGUAAUGGAUGUGGAUACAUGAUGAAUGUUUGCUACGAAGAAUUUCAGUUGUUUUACUGCUUCUUCGAUGGCGGCGAAGAAGAGCUUUAUUCUUACCUAGAACUGCUCCUAAGCUAUUUAUACGACUAUCUACGACCGAGAAUUAUCAAGGAAAACCGUAUUGAGAUUCUCUCUGAUCUAUGUAAUAUUUUCCAGCUGCAAAUCAUCCGAGAUUUGGAAGGCGUAGAUGUCAACAACGAGCGAAACCUUGCAUUUAGCUACUUAGUUCGUAAUAUCUUGCAGGAUGCGCAAGGACGAUUGGUUUUCCGCGCAGAAUCUUAUAUCCACAACGAAAUCGAAAAGUAUAUCCCCACUACUGCUGAUCUGGAUUACCCCAACAUUCUUCAAAGUAACAGGAGAAGCUCGAUUGUGUUAUCUCCCAUCGCCUCGGACGUCAAACCGACAUUCUCUCAAUUCAAUACUCCUGCGACACUGGAUGUCUCGGAAGAUAGUGACGGAUCAGUUGCUGAGGUAUCGGCCGACGUACAGGAACACACUUCACCAACGGCAUCUACCAUGUCUUCACCCCCCAACGCAUUCACCGAUAAUAACGUAGCAUGGUUCCCAACCCUCCAGCGCACUCUUUGGAUCCUUUCAAAAUUAUACCGAUGCGUACGGACAACCGUGUUCGAAGAUUUGGCACAGGAGGCUGUAUCAAUUUGCAAACAAUCACUUGGUACAGCAAGUGAGAAUAUAUCGAUGAAUCACAGCAAAUUAGAUGGCCAAUUGUUCUUGAUAAAGCACUUGCUUAUUUUGAAGGAGCAAUUGGCGCCGUUCGAGGCUAAUCUCGUGCACGCCGGAAAAGAGUUAGAUUUUUCCCAUGUCAAUGUUGCUCUGAGUGCGUUCGCCAAGGGAAGGACAUCUAUUUUCAACCCUAAUGCAUUAUUCGACUUUGCUCAAAGCGGUAUUCCUAGAGUGAUUGAGAUCAGCAUAGACUCCAGGCGAGAAAUAGACCGAGAAUUGAAGCGCAUAUGCGAAGAUUUCAUAAUGGAAUGUAGCCAGUCUUCGACAGAACCCUUAUCGAAUUUCAUUACGCAAGUUUCGGCUUUUCAAGUCGCUAACAACGGCAGAAGUGAAAAGCUCAAACUUUCAAGCCAAGCUUUUGCUACGCCAGACUCAGCGUAUCAAAUUUAUGAAUCUUUCCGUGAGGCUGUUAACGCUCGCUUAAGCUUCACAAUGAGAAGGCUUAGCCAGUAUCUGGACGAUAGGAAAAUGGAAGUCAUUUUACUACGACCUAUCCAGAUGAACAUUGUCAACCGGUAUCGACAAUAUUAUGAAAUUCUGAUGAAUGAGUUUGAUAUGGAGACUCUGAAUAAGCAGCCCCCUACACCAGAAUCCAUCGCAAUGUGGGUUAGUCAAUUGGUAGAAGAGGGCAAGGAAAUAGAUGCUGAACUUGUCGGAUAAAAUAAAAACGAUAUGGUUACCAAAUGCAACGACAAUCUGCCGCACAAUAAUUUUUGCCAAAUCUAGCAGGCGACGCAACGUGUGCUU